AUGCAGGAAUCUAAAGCGCAAAGUGAAGAUAUGCCAGGUACUAAACGUCAACAUGAUGGUACUUCCAAGGAGAAGUCGGAGAGAAAGUUUGAGAGAUCAGAAGAAAAGACGGGAGUGUCGAUAAGUCCUUUCAUGCCAAUGUUUGAGGGGUUCAGGGCCGAAUUGGACGAACAUCAUGAUCGGAGAGAGAGGAUUAUCAAAGCAGGCAGAGAUAUCACAGCCGGGAGCAAGAAGAUAAUUUUUGCGUUGCAGAGAGUUCAAAAACUCCAUCAGCCUCUUCCUCAAAAAAUUGCCAAGGAAACUUCAGAGAGACUGGCUACGAUUAAUGAUCUCUUUUUCAGUAUAUCACCUGAUCUCGCGGGCAUAAAUUCUUGGCGCUACCAACGACAGAUCUCAGGGGGUAUCCAAGAAUACAUGGAAGCUGUGUCCUUUUCCCACUACUUGACUGAACAAAAAUUGGUCCCUCUUGAUACUGCUCAAGCGUCCUUGCCCCAAGCUGUGAAUCUUACAGGUGAUGACUAUGUUCUCGGAAUCUUUGAUCUGGUAGGCGAGAUGAUGAGAUUUGCCAUUACGAGAAUGGCGACGGAUGGAGAAUUGCCGGGGAAAGAGGAGAGGACGAUCCUGGCUGAUCUGAGAGAUAUCAGAAUGAGAUUCGAAGAGCUGGAUACGACUAGGUGUGGAAAUGUGGGAUUGGGAAGGGAUGUGGAGAAGAAGAUGGAGGUUAUGAGGACUUGUGUGGAGAAGGUGGAAACGGCGGUUUAUGGUAUGAUUGUGAGAGGAAGAGAGAGGCCUAAAGGAUGGGUUAUGGAUAUGCCGGAUGAUAGUAAGGGUGCAGUAGAGAGUUAUUAA